AUGUCCUCCAACAACGGCAUCGGCAGCUCCUCGCUGUCAACACCCAGUUCGGACCCGAGCUCGACAGGCAAAACUCCCAUGCCACCAGAUACUGCGAACACCGUUGAACUGAACACCAUGAAGCCUAUCGGAGUGGCAGAGGCGAUUGGACUGGAGAUGGAUAUAAUGCAGCUGGCUAGGCUUGGUGAAAUAGCUGCGAUCAAGGAGCUCUUUGACAGCGGAAAAUAUGAUAUUAGUUAUCGCGACGAGGAGGGCAUCACCCCAUUGCAUUGGGCCGCUAUCAAUAACCGUUAUGAGCUUUGCAAGUUUCUUCUCGAUGCCGGGGCAGAUGUCAACGCGAAAGGCGGCGAGUCAGUAGCUACACCUGCCAUGUGGGCUGCUCAGAGAUGUCACCACUAUAUUGUCCACCUCUUACUCCAAUACGGAGCAGAUCCCCUCUUGACGGAUAUCCAGGGAUUCAAUAUUAUGCACCUUGCAACUAUCGAUGGAAACUCGUUUCUGCUAGUUCUGCUGCUCCAUCAGGAGAUCCCAGUUGAUAUUGCCGACCCCCAAGGUCAUACAGGUCUCAUGUGGGCAGCUUACAAAGGAUUCCCUGCUUGUGUAGAUGUCUUCCUUCGAUGGGGUGCCGAUGUCAAUGCGACUGACGAAGGAGGACUUUCACCUCUGCACUGGGCAUUGGUUAAGGGGUCCACUGCGUGCGUACAAAAGAUAAUAGAGUACGGUGCAGACAGAUUUGCUGAAACGAAGGAAGGGAAAACCCCAGCGAUUGUUGCCGAUGAGAUGAAGACAACUCAUAUAUGGCAUCAUGCGCUAGGAGAGUGUGGUUAUGAACCUAAUGGUACCAGUUCAGCCCUACCGUCCGUCAUUGGACAAAUGUUGCGGUCAUCGCUAUACAUGUCCAGAUUUUACUUUCUCUUACCCUUUUUUUCAUUGCCUACUAUUGUCACCAUUUUGAGUUCUCUGUCGAUAUACGUCUCUAUUCUUACGGCCCUUUUAUUUAUGUUUGGUGUUCAUUUGCUUAUUAAAUGGGUUUCGAAGAGAGGUCCAUUGGACUUUAGAGUACUUCAGAGGACGGUAUGUCUGCUGCACCAUGAUUCCUCUCAAAUUACUACUGACAUGUCUCUAGCUACCUAUUCUUCUUCCCUGUUUCUAAAUUUAAUAUUUCUCACUCUGUUUGCAUUCAUGACUUACUUUUAUACAUAUGCUAUGAUUGAAGACCCUGGCUUCGUUCCAAAGCUUAGCAGCAGGAACGAGCAGAAAGCUGUUAUUAUGGAGCUUAUUAAUGAUUGGAGCUACGAUGAGGACCAUUUUUGUGUUCCUUGUAUGAUCAGGAGACCGCUGAGGAGCAAACAUUGCAGGCGAUGUAAGCGCUGUGUAUCUAAACAGGACCACCAUUGCCCUUGGAUAAACAACUGUGUUGGGAACAAUAACUUCCGUCACUUCAUGCUUUACCUUAUCUUGUUACUUCUCGGGAUUGUUGCCUAUAUUCGACUGGUCUUCCUGUAUUACUCUGCCAUUGUCCCGGGUGGCGUGAAAGCAACGUGUAACCUCAUCUCACCAUGGUUAUGCAAUGUGGUUGAAACUGAUACCUACACUUUUGUUCUGACCAUCUGGACCUCGCUUCAGCUGAUCUGGGUUACGAUGUUGACCCUCGUUCAGCUAUAUCAGAUAUCCAGAGGAACAACCACUUUCGAGGUCAUGAGAGGCCAUGGCCACGGUUUCAGUCACAGGGCCCCUACCUCUCCAAACCAGGCUCCAUCGACGGCCGAAAGUAAUAAUCACUUUCGCAGAUCUUGCUUCACGAAGUGGAAAAGCCUGUUUGGCCUUGAUGCCUUUAUGGCCGCUGCCCAAGACGGACUGAAGGAUGGUCAGAGCCAUCGAAGACGACAAAACCCGUUUUCACAUGGAAUUGUUCGCAACUGUCAAGACUUCUGGUGUGAUCCAGCACCGUAUUUUGGCAUGCGUCAAGCCGGCAGCUCAAUGCUUGGAGGGAAGGUUGUGAACUACUACAAGAUGUACGAUGCGGAUAUUCUUGAGCAUUCAGGCGGCCGAGUCUAG